CUUAACUGCUGCUCCCAAGUCCGCUCCGCUUCAGAAAAUGGUUGUGUAAACAGAUGAUUCGUAAAACAGCUUACAGUUGCUGCCAUCGGAUGGUUCUGUUGGGAAAUCAUCAAGUAUCUGAUGUCUUGUUUUAUCGAAGAGUGUCAGCGUUAUGUGAGAAGGCGUUUGUCAAAAAGUAAACAGAACAUACGGGUUCUUCACUGGAAGCUCGGCUAACUUGUUAGCUUAUGACUAUUAGCAGACUACGCUAUAUGUGCUAUUUCAGUUUUCAUUCAUUUUUUAAAGUUCAGCUAGACUGUCUAAGUGAGAUUUAACUUCCAUACCAAAUAUUGUUAGUUGGUCUGGUGUCUGAGGCAAUAAAUGAACGAGUUUGGUUGGGGUGACAGUGGAUGCUGGAGGCCUGAGUCACAAUUGCAAGACAAAUUGAGCUUAAAACACAAUUUAACGCACUGGCAUGCUCCUCUGGUCUGACAAUAUUAAAGCUGCAUGUCCAGCAAGUUUGUAAAUGCUUCAGAACUAGAGUAGUCUGUUAGCUCGUGAGAUUAUGACAUGGUAGGAGUGGAAGGAGCCUUGCCCACCAACAUCCUAACAACAUUCAGCAUCUCCUGGGGCUUUUGGUGCCGAUACCUGAAGGUCAGUUCAAUUUUGGAGAACCAGGCACAUCAAUAGUGUGAGCUGAUGUUGUGUGCUUGGCCUGUUCAUCUGGAUCUUAUCACAUAACUUUCUCCCUGACCUCAGUUGGUCCUUCUCCUUAUCAAGUUACUGAACAAUCAUCACCAUGUCUGACAACCAAGGCAAUGUGAACAACAACAACGUCCCACUAAACAACAACAAUAAUAAUGGUGGGCCAAACCGGAUUCGUAAUCCCGCAAUGAACCAGAACCCCUUGAUUAACGUGAGAGACAGACUCUUCCACGCCUUAUUCUUUAAGAUGGCAGUCACAUACGCCAGACUAUUCCCACCAUCCUUCAGACGAAUAUUCGAGUUCCUGGUCUUGUUAAAGGCACUGUUUAUGCUCUUUAUCCUGGCCUACAUCCACAUUGCCUUCUCGCGGUCUCCAAUCAACUGCCUUGAGCAUGUGCGAGAGAAAUGGCCCCGUGACGGCAUCCUGCGUGUAGAGAUCCAGCGCAACUCCAGCCGUGCUCCUAUCUUUCUGCAGUUUUAUGAGACUGAGGGUAUCCAGGGACUCGUAAAGGAACCAGAGGAGGAUGGACAUGAAAGCAGACAGCCAGUGGUGCCAACAGAUGCUGAAGAGGAGGAAGAGAUGACCAUGGACAUGUUUGACAAUAGCACAUUUGAGCUGGACAUCGAGCCGCGUCUGAAUCCAUCGAUGAGCGGUGGUGUUCCUGGCUCCAGCCUGAACGAAUCCCAGGAUCUGUCCUUCAGCCAGACCGCCUCUAAAGGUAUGCAGCCGCUGAGGGAGACUGUCUCCGAGAUUGAGAUGCUAACUCGAGCAGUGUGGCCGCAAGAAGAGUAUAUUGUUGAGUAUUCUCUGGAAUAUGGUUUCCUAAGGCUGUCCCAGGCCACACGUCAGCGACUCAACAUACCUGUUAUGGUGGUGACCCUUGACCCCAUGAAAGAUCAGUGCUUUGGAGACGGUUUCAGUCGCUUCCUCCUGGAUGAGUGCCUGGGUUAUGAUGAUAUUCUAAUGUCCAGUGUGAAAGCAUUAGCAGAGAAUGAGGAAAACAAAGGAUUCCUCAGGAACGUGGUGUCUGGAGAGCACUAUCGUUUUGUCAGCAUGUGGAUGGCUCGUACCUCCUACCUGGCAGCUUUUGUAAUAAUGGUUAUCUUUACUCUCUCUGUGUCUAUGCUGUUGCGAUACUCGCACCACCAAAUUUUUGUUUUCAUAGUGGAUCUUCUUCAGAUGUUAGAGAUGAAUAUGACCAUUGCCUUCCCUGCAGCCCCUCUGCUCACUGUCAUCCUGGCUCUUGUGGGGAUGGAGGCCAUCAUGUCUGAAUUUUUCAAUGACACAACCACUGCCUUCUACAUCAUCCUCAUUGUUUGGUUGGCAGACCAAUACGAUGCCAUCUGCUGCCACACCAAUACAAGCAAGCGCCACUGGCUCAGAUUCUUUUAUUUGUAUCACUUUGCCUUCUAUGCAUAUCAUUACCGCUUUAACGGCCAGUACAGCAGCCUGGCUCUUGUCACAUCCUGGCUCUUCAUUCAGCACUCUAUGAUCUAUUUUUUCCAUCACUAUGAGCUACCGGCUAUCUUGCAGCAAAUCCGAAUCCAGGAGAUGCUGCUUCAGAAUCAGCAGGUUGGUCAAGGCAACCAGACUGCAUUGCAGGACAAUCUCAACAACAACACUAGCACCGCCGCACCAGCCGGCCAGGCUAACGCAGCUGCCAAUGUAAAUGCUAAUGGCCAGGACCAGCAAGCCGCUCAGGACCAACCUCUGCUUGAAACCCACAGCGGCUUGGUGGUGAAUCCCAGUUUAUCCAUCGAUCCAUCUGGCUCUGACCUCGACUGGAUGGCUGAGAUCGCCAUCGGCCCAGACGUUCUGUCAGUUCCAAACCUAGGCGACCCGCUUUUGGAGCCGGGUGGGAUCCAGGAAGCAACGUCAUCCAGCGCCGCUGUAACAGAGCUUUGUGGUCCCAAUACUGCGGGAGAGAACCAAAAUGGGAACAUAAGCACAGCUAGCGUUCCUAUGGUCAAUGCGAAGGGGCGGAGUUGCGCUCAGGGUCUGGGUCCCCCUGGUGGUGGAGGAGGCCAGAGGGAAUCUGAAACUAAUUCCAGUCCCUCCUCAGUGACCUCACACACAGACUGCAGAGUAGCAGAGUCACGCAGAGGCGCAACAGACUGGGACGACAAGGUGGAGAAUAAAAGUGAAAAUUCGGACUCUCACUCCACCCCAGCUUGAGUCACGCAAUGCUCCGGUUUGAAAUCGGCGCUCUGCAGUCGCCACCCCCUCUCUGUAAAAUAUUCCAGAAGGCAUUAAGAGGAGAAGCCACGAUGGAGCUUUCUGUAAUUACAUCUGCUAGACCUCCAAUGUGAACAUGAAGAGGGCUGAAGUAGAUUUCUGCCAUCUUGUCAUGUUCUUAAGCGUAAAUUCGUAAUGAAUUGUCAAAAAUGAUGCCAUGUUUGAGGGUGUGGAGUCUUUAGAUGUGAUUUUUUUUUUUUUUUUUUUUUUUUUUUUUUUUUUAAAUCAUUGAAAGUUUUAAUACAGGGAGUAUUCAGCUUGAAAUAUGAUGUAUUGUUCAGUUAUGGUACUUUUGGUGGCUCCUGAUAAUGGAGCUGCAGGUAUCAGCAGGCCGCACAGGUGGCAAUCUUACUACAAAUCCAAAUCCAUGUUGCAAGUUCACACAUUGUUGUGUGAGAAUUGUUUUGACUUUCUUUUCAUUCCUCUAAAGGUAACAUUAACGCUGCCUACUUACAGCAUAAACAAAUUAUUAAAUGAUUAUCAAAAUGAGGUUUUGUUUCUGACUACCUUCGUUCACUACAGCAAGGCGCCUUUUUUUCCUUACUUGAUUUAAAAUUUAGCUCUCAGCCUUCUGUUGGCUUUGUAUUUCAUGUAUGGAGCAGUUUGACCCCUGACAGGUGUUAUUGGUGGUCAGAGUGCUCUGAUUAUAAAAUAAAAAUACAUUGAUGGGUGAUAAUGAUCAUAUAAGUCCUCCUUUAACAUGAUCCUCUGUGAAAACUCUGGGGGUCACUAAUGUUCUAAUCCUCAUCAAGAGAUCCUCAUUUGUACUUGUGGUUAGUUUAGACAGAUCUCUUUUGUCUUUUGCACGAACUGAUCUUUGAUUUUACUUCAGGUCUGGCUUCGAGAAAGAGCGGGUGUAUAGAUUAUUGCCUUACGCUUCUAAAACCGUACAUUUAACCUUGUAUUUCCAUCUUUGGGAAGUGCGUUAAGGUUGAUAGCCUUACCAGAGGCUUCAAAGCCAGUGGAGAAAAUAGACAUUGAAGCAAGUGAUGAAAGGAUAAACGUGUUGUUACUUUAACAGAUAUCAUUUAGAACCAGACAUAAGCGGUGGAGGUCAGACUGUUUAACACCACAUCAGCUGAAGUCGUCGAUUCAGAUGUCUGUUUUCUUUUCAUUUGCUGCUUUUAAUUUUGGAUUUGUGGCUGUCCAAAGAGUGGGCAGAUUUAUCGAUCUUAAUGAAUGUGUGUACAAACGUAAAUAAACACACUGCAAACUAAGAGAACAAAUAAAGGAAUCUGUUGUGGCGUAUGACUGGAUGGGAGAGGGUCGCUUAGGCUAUGCAACAAUAUGGCAAGUUAAAGGAAUGCUCCACUUUUUUUUUUUUUUUUUUGAAAAAUAGCCAUAAUUUACAACUCUCCUAAAGUUAAACAGAUGAGUUUUAUCAUUUUUGAAUCCAUUUAGAUGAUCUCCGGGUCUGGGUUGAGCACUUUUAGCUUAGUUUAGCAUAGAUAAUUGAAUCAGAUUAGACCAUUAGCAUCUCACUCAAAAAUGGCCAAAGACAUUAGAUCAAUUUACUAUUUAUUUGUAGUUACGCAAUUAUAUUAGACAGAUUGUGUGAUGCAAGUGUAGAGCUUGAUGCUGGGGACUGUUUUUAGGUGCUGUGUUAUGCCUACUGUAGCCAUGGUAUGGCAGCAAAGUUGCUUGAUUAUUACACUAUAAUGAAAGUAGUUCUGAUUGGCCUAGAAAAUAGCAACUUUUCAUUUUAUAUCAGUCUUACAUGAUGAUGAUGUAACUAUAAAAGAGUCCAGCUUUAAAAAUCGAAAAAAUAUUGAAAUUCUUCGUUCAUUUUCAAACGAGAUGCUAAUGGUCUAAUCCGAUUCAAUGAUCUUUGCUAAGCUAAAUUAAAAAUGCUCCUACCAGAACCGGAGAUUAGGUGAAUGGAUUCAAAACUGGUUUAACUCAACUGUUUAACCCUUAGGGCACUUGUAAAAUGAGCCCCUUUUUUAUUAUUAUAAUAAUUAUUAUUUUAAGUGGAAUGUUCCUUUAAAGCCAUGCUCUGGAAUUAUUAUUUUUUAAUUAAAUUUGUGCAAUAUCGUUUGAGGCUCAGAUCCAUAAAGGAUUCCAGGUCUAAAAAAAGUGAUUCAUGGUUUUAUGAUCAGUUCCUCAUUAUUAUAUUUUUCUGUGCCUAUUUGCCAUUUUCAAAGGAAGCAGAUGAUUGUAGUGUUUAGAUGCUUUGUGUAGGAUGUCUAGACAGAAACUGAAAGGAGAAAUUGUCAGUUCUGUGAUAAACUCAAUUCCUUGUCAUUGAAAUGUAUUUAACUGUAAUGUUGAAAAACUGCAUAAAGAGAUGAAAUUAAUUUCCACUUAGAA